UCUUUGCCUAUAUCUGAUCGGACAGAUAGGACCCAUCAAUCUCUUCUGCGUACGUUUCUGAUCUCUGACUGACCCCUUUUUUUGGUUUCUUUUGCAUUUCCCAACAAUCAUCCAUCUAUUCAUCCACAGCAGAUUCCAACCCUUUCUCGUUACUUUCUGUUUCCUUCCACCCUCCUUGUACUAUCGUUUUUCUUUUUGCCGUGUACUAUCUUCUUUGCCGUUUUUAUUUCUAGUGUUUUUAAUUUAUCAUAAAGGGUUCUUGGUUGUCAUUUCUUAAUUUUCUUUACAAGUUGUCAUAAUGAUGAUGGUCAUGAUGGGCUGCUCUUGUAGGAUUUGUUUUGCGUGAAAUACGGCUUUUGUGGAUUCCUUUUUAUGGUGUGAAUUGAUCGUCACCUAUCUUUCUUGCUUGUUUCUUUUGCUUUCUGGGUUCUUCUCAGAAUUCUGAAAUCUGGGUUCUUUUUACAAGAAGCCAAUUUUGAUUCAGACGAUAUUGCGUUUUGGAAUUACUUCUUUGUUGGGAUUCACUGUAAGAGAAUCAAAUUACGAAAAGGUAGUUUACGCAGUUUUUGUCUCGUCACUGGAAAUCUGAAUCCCCCACUCUCCCUCUCUCUCUCUCUCUCUCUCCGUGUCAACCUCUAGUCCUUCGGCAUUGCACGAGUCCCUUUCUGAACCUAGGGCCUGAAGGAGAUGUCUUUAAUGAUUUUUGGAUCCAACCUCAGUUCGAUGAGUAUCACAUGGCUAUCUCUUGGCUCAUUAGGCUUUGAAUAUCGCACCUGGGGUUUGAUGCAAGUGGCUUUUUUUGGCUAAAUCUCUCGCCUUUGAAUUGAGGUGCAAAAUCCGUAAAUUGUCGCUAUUAAGUACUCAAUCCUCUUUUCAGUUAAAUUUGAUUAUCUUUUUACCCUUUCUUUGGGUAUUGCAGCUUUUUCUUGGAGGUUUCCUCUGCAGAAAUUCUGGGUUGUAAACCGGUAAUUUUUUCAUGUCUGGACGGAGAAUUGUUACUUAGCGUUCUUCUGAGUAAACUUUAAAUGGACUUACCGUCUAAUCACAAACAUUCCAAAUUCUCUGGCCGGUAUUUGAAUUCCAUAGCAUGCAGAUGUGUUGUUUUGGUUGUGAUUGCUCUGGUUAUUAGAGCUGUUCUGGUUCCUACAUUCUCUGGCUUUGGUUGGAUUGAGCAGCAGAACUUGGUCUUCAUCCAAAACCGCUCUCUGUUAUUGAGUUCUGAAUUUGGAAUUCGGAAAGAUAAAUUCUUGGAGGUUCCUCAGAUUGCAUGGGGUCUAAACAAUCAAAAAAUUGCAUUUGCAAGAGCUUGUCUAACUGCGAGAAUUCUGAACCGAACUCUUUUGAUGCCUAGCUUAAGUGCUUCCCUGUUCUACAAAGAAAUUGACCUCCUGCAACCCAUUUCCUUCGAUAAGGUGUUCCAAUUCGAGAAGUUCAAUUCACUUUGCAAUGGAUUUGUCAGACUGGGUCGUUACUCCGAUCUUUCGAAUCGGACAGGGAUCUUUGAGCUUCAAAAGGGAAGCGGAAGGAAGUGGACAAUUGAGAGAGAUUUAGAUCAACUGAGACAGCAUAGAAACGACACUACUGAUGGGCAUGAGGUAAUUCGAAUAGUUGGGAAGAACCCAUUUUUAUGGCGCGAUCAUUGGCCUGUUAAUGACUAUGCCCGGGUCUUUGAGUGCUUAGUUUUGGUUGAUGAGAUAGCAAAGGAAGCGGAUAAAGUUGUAUCCAAGAUUAGAGAGAAAGAAAUGGAGGUAACAAGAAAAACUGAAUCUGUACAACAUGGUAUCAGUUCUGAGAGUACUACGUUUCAGCGAGUGCCUUAUGUAGCCGUCCACAUGAGAAUAGAGAUAGACUGGAUGAUUCACUGUAAGAAAUUAGAGCAGAGAUUAAACACUAGCCAAAUUUGUAGCAGCAAGGAAGAGAUUACGGAAAGAGUGGGAAACAUUAUGGACCUAAAGACUCCAACUGUGGUUUACCUUGCUGUGGCUGACAGUCUUCUCAAAGAUUCUUCUAUAUUGAAUGGAUGGAAAGAAGGCUUGCUUCCUUUGGAGAAGAAGAAACUGGGCGUUGAUGGAAUUUACAGGAAGUAUCCAUAUCUCAUUCAGUCGGCAAUUGAUUAUGAAGUGUGCUUAAGGGCUGACGUCUUUGUGGGGAACAGCUUUUCUACUUUUUCGAGUCUUAUUGUUCUUGAGAGAACACACAAGAUGAUCAAAGAAGGCAUCACAAGAUCGUGUGGGAUGGAUGUAAGGUGGCCGUCUUAUGCAUAUAAUAUAUUAGGGGAAUCGAAGGGCCCUCAUAGAUGGAUGACAAAUAUGUCUGAUUCAAGCCUUCAAGCAAUUAGCUAUGGCUCUAAUGACAUCUCUUCUUGUUGACGCUAAUGGUACGUGAUUCCUGCUGCAAUCUUUCCAACUGUUGGAGAUAUUGAGGCUUCUCUCCUUUCUGAAAAAUUUAGAUAGUCACAGUGGCAAAAUUGGUUGGUAUAGUUACAAAUUAUGUGGAUUCUCCGUCUUAAAAAUCAGUUAUAGAUCAUGUCCAGAUUUAUACCCAAUUAGGUCAUUUUUGCCUUCCAUGUAAUUUCUGGCAUUCUUUUAUUUUCUCAACUCGGUGGCAUACUAUUUUUUUUUUUUUUGUAAAUUUUCCUACAGCAGGAAGUAUAUCAAUGAUUCAUUUAUUAUUCAAGUACCAGAAAUCCUUUCAAUUUCUGCAUUCCUUUUGGAUUCUGUUGAUGAGCAUAAAUAUGUUAACUUGUUUUAAGCUGGAUUAUAAUCACUACCAUGAAUCUUGGAAAGCCUUAAGUUUUUUGUGCAGGCUGAUAGUUGGGAAAAAAGUCCUAAUCUCUUUUUGUUUGCAGUACCGUGAGGGAAAUAGAAAGAAAAUUUGAAAGUAAUUUCACCGGUUCUUGUUAUAUCUCUUGAUGUUGAUCUUUCCAGAACUCAAACAGAGAAAGUUCAUUCUUUCUUUCUUCUCUCCUCCAUCCCCUUCAUUUCCAGUAUACAAUCUUCAUUUUCGUUUUUUGGGGUAAGUUUGAUGUACAGAAGCAUUCUUUUGUGGCUGGACUAUGUUCCAACUUCACCCGAGAGAUUUCACUCUCAAGGUACUCGCAAGCAUCUCCGUUCUAAAUUUUUAUUUAACAAAUGCUAUCUUUCCCUGUUCUUGUCUUUUGAAAGUCGAAAUUUUACCAUAUGUGCUGCAAAUUUCUCAUGAUCUUGUUGGUGAGGCUUUGUACCGUCGCAAUGUAAUGAUUUGAAGUUAAUUGAAGACAACUUGCGCCCUUGAAACAAAGAAAAUCACAUCACAAGAGGGGAAGGAAGUUGACGAGUAGAUGGCGGGCUGGUCUCCAGGAUGGUUACUUCGAUAUGACAAUUUGAUGCUUAUUGUGGAUUUCCAAAGCUUCUCAAACAACGGGAUACUAGAAGCUUUCUGAGCUCUUUUUUUUUUUUUUUUUCGUUUUUUUUUUCCCCUCUCCCGUUUAUUCCUUUCUUUAUUGCUAGAAGGUUGGUGCAGCAAGGAGAAAGGUUUGUCCAAUCACCCAAUUUGAGAGCCCCAGAGUAUAAUCAGGGAAUUAUGGUCCCCUUCUGCCGGGUAGCAUGUGCUCUUUGUUUUAUCUUGUUUUUCUGGUUGGAACUGGAAGAGUGUUGUCAGCCUGUUACUGCGCAUUUUGAUUGUCCUAGAUUCUUUAUGAGUGCAGUACCGAGAUCCUUCACUUCUUGUGACGUGGGACCUCAAAUCGUGUCUUGUUAUUGUCUUCAGCAGCAAGUCAGCAACUCUGAUCUGUCAGUAACUGACUAGCAGCUGAAAUAGACAUCCACUUGUAUGUAUGGCCACAGUAAUUUUUGUGGUUGGCAUCGUCACUCUUACACCAUCUUAAAGUCAACAUUAUUAGGUUUUGGAUAAAUUUACAGCCAAGAUGACCUCUUAUAGCUUGGUAAAAGUACUUUGGCAUUCGAGUCA